UUCUAUUCACAGUUGGUUAGCAAACUGAAUGCAUGUUUUGUAUAAGCGCGCUAGCGAUAAUAACCUAUUCGCUCUGGAAUGUGACCUUACUGAGUUGAGAGAUCACCCGGUCCAAUCUCGGAGGCCACACAACAGGGGCGCUGGAUUUGAAAGUCAACGGGCUUGUAUUAAAAAUAACCCAAGCAGUUCACUGUAAUAUGCCAUACAUUCCCUGUGUAUCCCCAUGUGUAGAGCAUUAUUCUCAUGGCUUUCUCAAGUGGAUGUAAAACUAGAGUUAAUUUUGAAGGAUCACAUUGUUGAAGGCCGAUUGGUUGACAACAACUGGAAGAACUUGAGCAAUCAUGUCGUUUCUAUGUCCGAGUGUGGGGCUGCUGAAGCUUAGACGAUUCACACGAACAGGUCUUGCCAACCCCCGGUCACGAGCUCUUCGUUCCAACGUCCGAAGUCGAGGUACCUCCGUGGCGAUUGAGAGAGCAGGCAGUGACGUCUCCAUUGCGUCACAAGGAGGAUUCAGCGCCCUCUACGGUGAAAUUGAUCCAGUCAGUCGAAAUGACGAGGAGAAAAGAGCGGGUACUGCAAAGGAACCCGGAGCAAACGGCGGAGAAACUUUCGGUGGAAUAUACGUCGGUGGAGAAACUGGCCGACCGCAGUUGCAGAAAACAGUCAGAAAUACCCCAAGUUGCCAGCAAGCACCUGAUGUGGAAUAUUUUGCUCAAGAUCCCGCCACGGUCCAGUCGUUUACUUUCUUUGAUGAGACCUUUGAGUCGUCUCACCAUCCACGAAUCGACGAACAGAUGAUGGAAGAUGAGACGGCAAACUAUGGCGCGCCAAACGAACAACAAACCCCACUUCUAUCAAAUGCGUCACUGAGUUCGUCUUCAAGCAGUCGCAAUCGGGCGCACUAUAACUUGCCCAACUGGGUGCGUCAGAGGCGUUGUCUGCCGACCCUGAACGAGAUCGAUUUCGAUAUGAUCGAUGCGAUCAGUUUGGGGAGUUUGAGCAUCUCCUCUGAGAUCGACAUACACGAUGAGAAUAACAACAGUGUUCCUGCAGCAAGAGCAUCAGAUAAAGGAUCAAAGGUCAAGGCUGGUUCUGCAAAAAGAACUCGUAGCGAAGAUUCGUGUGACAACCAAAUUCACAAUCCUCUGCCGCAAAAUCACCAGUUUAUGGAAGGAGAGUUUCUGCAAGGCAGGAGAGCCAAUUCUGUAUAUUCACCGAAGAAGACGAAGAGAAAUGACUCUGUGACGACGGAUGACUCCGUCUUUGAAAGAGAACCACUUCUUCAGGAAAAUCUGUCCCAUCAUCCAUCAACUAAGCUCAGACCCUCAAAGACAGUUGGAGCCAGAAAAUCCCCAAGAACGGGGAGUCUGCGCAGACGAUCCAAGAGUCGAGAUUCGUCCCUUCGGUCAAAACAGCCUGCUGGUAACCCUGGCAACACCAGGUCUAAAGUGUCAUCCAAUCCACAUCAACAAAAUCGUGACAAAAACAAUGAGCAAACUAAAACCGAGAACAUUGCUAAAGUUGGCAGCCUAGUUCGUUCAAAGCCGCUCUACAUGCGGGCAACAUCGGAGCGCGCGCUGGAUCCCAGUGCCAUGAAGCUGCGCCUGGAAUCUUCGGCAGCCAGAAAAUGGCGCCAAACUGAGGACAGGUCACCGCUGAGUGAGGUCACCAAUGUCAGCCAGCCACAGGCGUCCGUGUGCGUACGGAUGGAGAUCAUUCAACGACCGGUAACGCGAGACCAGAAAUACAGAGAACAAUGUACGGCGUCACCGAUGAAGACGCGAGAGCCUCACCAGGACUCGGCGAAACUACCGGCGGGUAAGAUACGGCCGACACCUAAGCGAUCCAAGCUGGUUUACUCAAGCGAUGGUAGGGGACGGAUGGGAUCACUCCGUCGCAGAUCGACAGAAGUAAAGAUGGACUCCCCUCGGGCGCGAAACAUCGUCAAAGAGGAAACUAUCGACAGCCUUUUUCGCAGCAACAGCAGAGCUUUGCACGAGAUUUCAAACUCUGACAAAUUCCCAAUUAUGGAAAACUCCAAGACUAACUCAGUUGUCAUUCAAAGCUUGGAACGGCAAGAAAACCAAGCGCAGAACCAUAACCAAUCCGACCCAUCAGGUUCGAUCAUUAUCAAUGACGAGCUUAGAAAAUGGGCAGCUUCAGUGGCUGAGGAAAUAGAAAAUCAAGUUUGUGAGCAGGAAUGUUCAACCAUGGAGGAAGGAAAACAUACCCUCCGUGGUUCAACCGACGACCAGGUGACGAAUACAGAGACUGAUCCUCAGCAGCAACGGCCGAAGCAUCUCGUUCAGAAACCGAAGUUUGCCGACAAUUCCGUAAAGGAGGCGCGGAUCGUAAGCACAUCCAAGAUGGCGGUCGAUACAGUUCCUGAAGAGGCUGACAAUGCGCUCUUGCUCCCACCAAAGAUGUUGAAAUCCGCAUCAUUCACCGCACCAAGUCACUCAAACGCUGCUGAAGGUAAAACCGUGUCUUCAAAGCCCAACACAAGAUCGGCAACAGACGUGCGUGCUCUGCAGACUCCUCUCACCCAACAACAGCGACGGAAAGUCGGACGGAAACCCUCCAGCAACAGACAUGGUCGUGCCCAUCGCGUCUCGGCGGUCGAAGCUUCUAGGCAGGACAUUGUGGAAGUCGUUGCCGCCAUGAAAGCGUCACUGGAAUCUACCAAAGCCACAGAGGGUAAAGGAACCAACCGGCGGGCAGCCAGCUUCGUCAAAAAAGUACUUGGCGAUGCCGUGGCGAUGUACGAUUUUGAGGCGCGGACUGAAGAUGACGUCACUCUCAAACUCGGUGACGUGGUCACAGUGAUGAACAAGGACGACCCUGAUUGGCUGUUUGUGAAGAAACACUCCGGUUCUCGGGAGGAGGGUUUUGUGCCGAGAAUCUUUCUUCGUCUGAAGAAUAGCGACCAAGAGUCAUCAAAAUCGGGGGUUCAUUCAAAAGUCAACGACAAGAACACAGAAAUUUCAGGUACUGAAGUUUCUGAGCAACCGUUGGAAACUAUUCUGGAGAUCGAGAAAACACAACCGUUUUGUAACCAACACUUUGAAGACGCCCGGCCCUCAAACUCUCAACAACACCAACACGUUCCUACUAUUCAAACAAAUCAAGUGGUUUCCUCUGACCAGACAUACGGCCAAUCAAACUUUGUUUCCUCAAAAGACGCAAGUGAGCUCAAAACUACCAACCAUUCGCAGUUACGGUUUGCCAAAUCACGUGAGCUUCGUCAUCACUCUACGAGCCAAUCAAGGCUCCGAAAUGAUGAUGGUGUGCGCGCCCGCAAGUUUAACACCAACAUUAGGGGCGGGGUCAGCGCAGUACUGAUCGAAACUUACGUGGUGGUGAGUGACUACACAGAGCAAGAUGAGGACGAGGUCAGCGUGGUGGAAGGAGAGGUCGUGGUGGUGAACUCGGGUCAGCAGCAUGAGAUGGACUGGAUGUGGGUGUACGUUCCUCGGACUGAAAGGUUCGGGUUUGUGCCGGCAUUCAGCGCUAGACCACUCGGCUUUCACUUCUCAGAUGUUUAACGCGAGGUAUUCAUCUACAUGUAGAUCCAAGAAUGUACAUGUACAUUUAAAAGUGUAUUACAUCAACGUUAAUAAUGAUAGUCAUUGCAGUUUAGUUUGUUAUGAACAAUUAAAUUAGAUUUUGAUAGUGACCUUAAAUUUUGGUCUCGUUAAUGUUGACAUAUAUCAAUUGAUACACAUACACGUACGCAGGUCUCAUAUAAGAUCGAACAAGUGGAAAUUUUGAAAUGAGUGUAAUCGAUCAAAUUCCUGACGACAUUCUUCCACUGCACAACAUUUUGUAUUUAAAACUAUAUUUUUUGUUACAACUUUUUAACGUAGCCUACGCAAACAUAAAGAAAACGUUUCCGAUUUACCAUAAAUGUUACUUUAUGAAAUCAAUAUUGAAUGUUUUGAAAUGUUAGAACUGUUGCACAAUAUGUAACUUCUCCCUGAAAACUCAUCUUUAUAUUUAUCAAUUCUCGUUAAUAAGUACAAUGUAAGAAGAUAAAAAUAUUUAGUUACUUGUUAUGAGUUUGUGUUAGUGUAACAUCCAUACAAUUUAUUUAACAUAAUAUUUCAUCCUUCGUAAAUAUACAAAUUGUGCACUCGGUCAGAAGCUACUGUAACUAUAGUCAUUUUGAUGUUUGUACAAUAAUUGUAAAAAGUGGCAAUAUGAUAUAGUGCAGCUCAAAAUUUGUUUUUUCUUACAUGGUAAUUUUGAAUAUGUACUCUGUAAAUUACCUACAUGUACUUGUAAUAUUUUCAUUAAUGUACCACAAUGUUGUUUUGAUAACGUAGUAGGGUUGUGCAUUGUACUACUUUAAAGGUGGUUUUAUGUACAUGCACUUUGAACGGUAACCAGAAAGGACAAACAAUGAGAAUAUAAGAAAAAUGAUAUAAAUGCACAGAUAUCACAAAGGACCUAUAAACUUGAUAAAAGAAGAUUGUUCGAGUCAUCAUUAAAUUGCUGUUAAUUUACCAGCCAAAAGAAUCUUUGUCGAAACUCUGAAUCAACAAUUUUUUAAAAACUUGUUCAUUGUACAUUAUUUGUACCCUUGUAAUUAUAAGCUAAUGAGACGUUUCACUGUACAUGUACAUGUAUUGUGAUGUCAGUUUCUCGCUAAUCUUACUUUAUGCUAAUGAAACAAUGGAGUGAUACCUUUUCAAGUCGAAAA